CUGGCAUGCCACGUAAAGGUGUGAUGACUGAUGACGGUUCCAGACUUGCUGUUGCGCUGGUUCGGAUUCCCAAAUCAGCACUAUUGCACCAUGGCUUGGAGAGCAGAAUAUCAACCAAGUAUGGCUUAGUUCCUUGGUAAGGUGAAGAUGACUGCAGUGGUAUAAGAGGAGGUAGAGCUUUGCCAGACAUUUACAAUCGGUUUCUUUCUUCUCUUCAGUCGCAAUAAUGGCAGCCAAAUUUACGCAUUGCUUGACGGCCAUUCUGGCCCUGUGCGCCACCCCCGCACUUGCUAUUCCAGGUGGCGGCAACAACAACAAUCAAGAUGUCUACGACUAUGUGAUUGUAGGCAGUGGACCCGGCGGAUCUCCACUUGCUUCCAACCUCGCCAAAGCCGGAUACUCUGUCUUGCUCCUGGAGGCAGGCGAUGACCAGAGCGCCGAUAUUGGAACACAGCUCAUCAAUGUCGGCAGUACGUCCAAUGCCAACCGCUGGGGAUUUUACGUGAGGCAGUAUGGCGACGACACGCAGCAGCUGAAGAACAACCACCUGACAUGGAGACGAGCUGACGGGACCUUGUUCGUUGGCAAUGGAAGCUCUGCUCCAGCUGAUGCCACGCCUUUGGGUGUUUUCUACCCCCGGGGCGCGACUCUCGGUGGGUCGUCGGUCAUCAACGCCGGCGUUACAGUGUUGCCCAGCAAGAGCACCUGGGAUGAAAUUUGGAGGAAAACGGGUGACCGCAGCUGGAGCGGUGACAACAUUCGCAAGAUCUUCACGCGUGUUGAGAGGAACCAUUAUCUCCCACCCGGAACCCUGGGCCAUGGAUUCAAUGGCUAUCUCGACAUCAACGGAAAUGAUGGCGAGGUCUACUCUCGCAGUCCCGGCAUUCUCUCCGUCUUCAGGUCUAUGAUCGCAUCCAUCGGCGGCAACCCCAACAACGCGCUCACCGAUGUGACUCGCGAUCUCAACAACCCCUCUCCAUCUCGAGACACAACCCAAGGUCUUUUCGGCCUUCCUUUCCACGCCAACCAAACCUGGGGUCGUUUCAGUGCCCGCACCAUCGUCCUUGACACUCUGGCUGCCAAAAAACCCAGUGGAUCUCCUCGCUACCCCCUGACCCUCAAAACAAACAGCCUCGUGACCAAAGUCGUCUUCGACAGACCCCGAAACAAGAAGCCCCGUGCCAUCGGAGUCGAGUACCUCGAAGGACAAUCCCUCUACUCGGCCGACGCCCGCCACAACCCUUCCAACACAGGCACCAAACGCACCGUCAGAGCCCGCAAAGAAGUCAUUCUCUCCGGCGGCGUCUUCAACACCCCGCAACUCCUCCAACUCUCAGGAAUCGGCCCAAAAGAACACCUCCGCUCGCUCAAUAUCUCCGUUCUAGUCGACCUCCCCGGCGUUGGCUCCCGCCUCCAAGACAACCCCGAAUACCCCGUCGUCGGCAUCGCAAAAGACAAUCAACCCUUCUUCACGAUCCCCAUCCCAGGCGAGCCAGACUGCUUCUUCGGCUUCGGCCCUCCCGGCGUCCCAGAUCCGUGCAUCGACCUCUGGUAUCAGGGUCUUGGCCCCUAUGCCCGCCCAGCGGCAAACACAAACGCUUUUAUGCUCAAGACGAACUACUCCGGUGAUGGGGAGCUUGACAUUCUCGUGUUUAGUCUGGCGAAUUUUGCGUUCAGGGGGUAUUGGCCCAAUGAUGCGGCUGUAGCUAUCCCUCCUGAUCCGUUGGGGGUGUUUGGCUUUUCGGUUGUAAAGAUCAAUCCUAUUUCCCAGGCGGGGACUGUUAGGUUGAGGAGUGCAAAUCCGCAGGAUACUCCCCUGAUUAACUUUGAGAUGUUCCAGACGGGGGCUGAUCAAGAUUUGGGAGCGUUGGCUGAGGCGGCUGCUUGGGGGAGGAGGGUUUAUGGGAAUGUGGAGGGGCCGACGGGGCCGAUGACGACUACUGAGCCGCCUUGUGACGGGGGGACGGGUUGUUUUGCUGGGGAUAAGGAGUGGGCGAGGGAUCAGAGUUUUGGGCAUCAUGCUACUAGUACCUGUGCUAUUGGUGGGGAUAGGGAUCGGUUGGCGGUGUUGGAUAGCAAGUUUAGGGUUAGGGGCGUGGAUGGGUUGAGGGUGGUGGAUGGGAGUGCGUUUCCCAAGACGCCAGGGGCGUUCCCGGUGCUGAGCACGUUUUUGUUGAGUGAGAAGGCGAGUGUGGAUGUUUUGGCGGAUGCUAGGCGGUGGUGAGGUUUGGGCGAUGUGGCGCUGUCGGUGCCUACCUUCGUAGCCAUCU